UUUGUCUUCCCUUCAUCACAGCUGUGUGCAUUCUCCUGUGUUUGUCUCUAGUAACUGAUGUCCUACAGCUGUGGGAGCAGCUGUAAGAAUGCUCCAGCCUCUGACAUGCAGGAGAUUGUGGAGGAGUUUGGAGCAGGGGAAGGGAUGCAAUUGGUGACUAGCUGUGAUUAAAGGCAAGGGGCAAUGGCAGCAGCAUGGAGCUCCUUGUGAUGAAGAGCUUGUAUGGGUCUGCAUGAUUCUGUGGCACCUCAUGUGGUUUGGUCAUGGUUAGGGGCCACAGAUGUUACAGCACUAAUAACCAUAUCUGCAGCAGGGCUUAAAAUUGGGAAAGUUCAGGCAGGACAUCUGCUUUACUGUAGAGCUGCUGCUUUUCCUGCCUUUUCUUUCCUCACGUACCCACAGAGCUGUGAGUGCAUAGUGAUACCUGUGAAGUGUUGAGAGAAGGUGAGCUCUGGCUGAGCAGGCUGCAAAGUGAUACAUAUUAGGCAUGAUGUGGGAAUAUUUAGGAGAAAAUGGAGGAGAUCUGGCUUAUUGACUGAGGUGGUGUGGUCCCUGGGAGAAAACUGUCCCAAGAGGGAGAGAGUGGGCUGGCUGGGGAGAGGCCUGAGCUGGCUGACAGUGAAAGGAUGCUGAAGAGGGCUGUGCUGAUGAAGCUGGAGCUAAGAGCCAUGCAGCCAUCAUGAAAGCCCCUGGGAGUGGUGGAGACAGAACCACAUGGGAAUCCAAAAGCUGAACAAAGAGGGCAGCGCAGGUUUGAUUCUAUAUUUCAUGAGUGGGAAUUGGUAUGCAGAGAGUGGUAGGACAGGACUGGGAUCGGCUCAGGCAGGGAGGAGCACUCCAUAAAGACUCUAAAAUGCCCACUCAGUGCUUGCACUCUGCCUGUACUUUUGGGUAGCCUCCUGCCUGGUAGCUCUAGAAGCCCUCCUUUUGUGCCUUCUCCUUAGCUAGUGGUGUAUGUUGGCUGAGCAGCAAGUGACAUCUAGUGUCGGCUCAUGCAGCAGUAGCCGUGUCUUGGGCUGGCUCUGCCACUUCCAUCCCAGAUUCUGUGACAGUUUUUGGUGCAUGAAAUGGGUACAGCUGCAGUGUCCUGCUCUGAGGGAGAGGGCAAACUUCUUACCCCUUCUUCUGUUGAGUUUGAACAGCUUGAGCCAGGUGUGCCCAUGGCCCCACACAGAGUCACAGGUCCUUUCUAGCAGAAAUGACAAACAUUUUCCCUUUGAGGGAAACUUUUCUCUCUGGGUGCUGGUAGAGGAGUGGUAAAAUGGAAAUUAUCAAACUACUAGUGAGAGAGUUAGGUGUAGGGGUGAUGCCAGGCCAAACCAGGCAUGCAGUUGUAGGAGGUGACCUGGCUUCCCACCCUGAGGGUGCAGUCACUCCUUAGUUUUGCUUAGGCAAGUGGAGGCUGUGUGGCAUAUGUACUGCCCACAGGAGGUCACUGGUGAGCAAGCUGAGCCCAUGUCCUGCUCCCAGGUAUGCUUGGUGAGGACCCAGGCUUCCUCUUUUGCCCUUGAAAUGUGGAUGGUGGCCUUUCCUCCACCUUUUUCCACCUGCCUGUCUGGAUUGUGCACUUCAUCUCCAAUGACUUCUUUCUAUUUGCCAUCCUUCAGGAUGAUCCAGAGACACCAGCUGGUGCAGUCUGUGCUGCAGGAGCUACAGGAAGCCACCGAAUGCUUUGGCCUGGAGGGCCUUACCAGUGCUGCGCUGGAGGCAGAGAGGACCUUGUCAUCUUUUUCCCUACCUGGCUACUGUGGGAGUCAGUUCCAAGAGGAGCUGGAGGUUGACCGGGUAGCCAGGAGCCUCUACCCUGAGGAUGCCCCAAGUAACAUGCUGCCUCUCGUUUGCAAAGGUGAGGGAAACCGCCUCUUUGAGGCUGCCAGUGUGCUGCUCUGGGGCAACCCCAGCCUGAGCCUGGAGCUGCAGGUGCGUACUGUGGUGGAGAUGCUGCUGCACAAACAAUACUACUUGAAUGGCAUGAUUGAUUCCAAAGUGAUGCUGCAGGCUGCCCGCUACUCCCUCUGCACGGAGGAGACCCCGGAGAUGACCAGCCUCCCCAUGGCUAUCCUGGAAGCCAUCUUUGAUGCUGAUAUCAAAGCUACCUGUUUUCCUGGCACCUUUGCCAACAUGUGGCACGUCUAUGCUCUCGCCUCUGUACUGCAAUGUAACAUCUACUCCAUCUAUCCUAUGAGCAACUUGAAGAUCCGACCCUAUUUUAACCGGCUCAUCCGGCCCAGGAAGUGUGGCCCACGAACCUCCACGCUACACAUCAUGUGGUCAGGGCAGCAGCUCUCCCGGCAGGUCUUCAAAGCGCAGUACUUUGUGGCUGUGGUUGGCCUGGAGGAACUGGAACCCACAGUACCUUCACCAGAGCCUGCUGUCCAGCCCAUGAAGACCCUCGAGCUGCUGAACAGUGACCCCCAGUUGACCUACUCCAACCUGCGUGAUCGCUACAACAUUACCAAGAGCACCUUCUACCGCUGGAAGCGCCAGUCUCGUGAACACCGGCAGAAAGCGGCUGCCAGGUUUGCAGCUAAACACUUCCUCCAGUCCUGCUUUCAGGAGGGCAAUAUAAUCCCCCUCCAGCACUUCCGACAAAUGUUUCCAGAAAUCUCCCGAUCCACAUACUAUGCCUGGAAGCAUGAGAUGCAGAGCAUGGUCAAUGGUGAUGCCUCUGCUCUGUCUGAGGCCCACAGGUUGCAGGAACUUCACAGGGUUGUCCCAAAAAAGGCUGAUGUGAAUGAGCCAGCAAAUCCACAGGGGAGCUUAAAAUCCUCAAGUCCUUCCCUAGAUCCCAUUCAAGCAGGAAUCUUUAUGCAAGGAGCCAAAUCCUACCUGGAGAAAUGCAUUUCCAUGAACACUCUGGUACCUUACAGAUGCUUCAAACGCAGCUUUCCUGGCAUCUCCAGGUCCACGUACUAUAACUGGCGAAGAAAAGCAAUCAAGGAGAACCCCAACUUCAAACACCCCCAGUCACCCUUGGAUAACCAGAAAACUCUAGCUAUAGGAAAGCCAUUCCCACAAUUGAAGACAAGCGAUGUGCCUGUUAGGAAGAGACGGAAUGGAGACCGGCCAGCAUCCAGGAGUCUCCUGCAGCUCCAUCCUUCUCUGUGCUGGAGAAAGCAGCUGCGAGAUGUGGCCAGGAGGCAGGUCCAGCAAUGGCAGCUACCAUUCUGCAAGUACCGCCUGCGCUAUCCAUCUCUCUCCUCCACAGCCUACUGGUUUUGGAAGGGCAGUGGCCAAACCAUUUGGCAGCAUCGCCUGCCCUGGAGCAGCUCCAGCCUGCCAUUGAACCGUGUGGCUUCCCUGGCACUUCCAAGAGCAGAGCCAGGCCUCAAACCACAGUGCCAUUUGGAGGUAGCCACCAAACACAUAGAUAAGCCAGUGCCUGCCAUGCCGUGCGACACCGUUUCAGGUUAUGCCAUGUCGGAGAGAGCCAACAGCCGGAUGUUUGUGAUGGAUGUGAUCGCCACUGCCCAAUUCAAAGCACAGGCCAAGCUGUUCCUGCAGCAGCGCUUUGAGUCGAAGACCUUCCCAACGUACAAGGAGUUCAGUGCCCGCUUCCCACUCACGGCCCGUUCCACCUAUUACAUGUGGAAGCGUGCCCUGCAUGAUGGGCUGACAUUGGUGGAUGCCUGAGUGCCAGCUGCCAGCUGGCUUGGCCACAGCUCCUCUGCUGAUGUGCCCUUUGGCUCUCUGGUGCAGUGCCCAGCUGGGGCCUUGCUAAUUUUUGUUCUGGUUUGGUUUUGUUUUGUUCCUAGUCUCUGGGGUUUUUUUUUUUUUUGGUGUGGUUCAAUCAGGUAUGGGAGCAUCCUCACAGUGCCUAUUCCCAGAGGCUGGAGGAGUGGAAGGAGAAGGCACUGAGUAUCCCAAUGAGGGGCCAGAUAAUUUUCCUCUCUUUGUGCUCAGAGAAUGAGCAAGGGAGGUAGUACUGUGUCAUGGGAUGCUGCUGGACCUCAUGAGAUGGAGGAUGUGAAAGUCAGUCUGCCCCAGGCAGUUGCUUGAACGAGUAAUGUGGAUGUGCAGGAAGAGCAUGGAGGUGCCUAGCAUCUCAUCAAUGAGCAGAUUGAGGCUGGGUCAGCUGUAGAUGAGGAGAGGUUUGGGGAAGUGCUCAGCUUUAUGUAAGAAGCAUCUUUGGUCUGGGCUUUUCCCAGCUAAGGAGAAUAAAAGCUUCACUUGUGAUGAGUGAAGCUCUGGCUUUUAAUAUGUGCCUGUGGCUGCCCUGAUCUUUCCUAGAUGGAGCAGAGGCAGGUACCUGAGGGGACUUGUUUGUAUCCUCACUGUAAUCUGUAUGCUGGGAAUGCUAAGAUAGGAGUCAGUGUAUUUUGCAGGCUCUGGUGUCCCUGACUUUCAGGUCUUGUAGCAAUAAACUUUUCAUACAAACCAUUAUUAUUUCAGCUGGCAGCUGCCUUACUUUUCUAGGGUCUCUCUUCCCUGAUGUCUAGGAGAAUGCAGAGAGACUACAACUUGUGUGCCCAGUGUCUGUGCAUCGCCUGUGCUGUGCUGCAAGCAACAUGGAUGCAUAUAUUUCACUUGUAAGAAACCAAAGCAAUAAAGACUCUUCCACUCCUA